CAUGGUUUUAUGUUUCCCAUCAUCAAUGUUAUCGAUAUCGAGGGCAACUAUCGAUGUAACCCACCGAUGGCCAGCCCUAUAAUUGGUUGUGUUCAAUGGUGAACACACCGAUGUCAACGGCCCUGCUUUCCACUCAGUAGUUACAUCGAACGCGGUACACAGCGCUCACUCCGCCACCAGCUACCACUACACUAGUUACCAUGAUAAAUGUAGUGUAGUACUCUAUCGCACAUCAUGUUACAGCUGAGAGCCGGAGCUGCUGCCUGCUGCCCAUGCUCCGUGCUGUCACAUGGGUCUGCACUGGAGCACUCUGGGAACUGAAGUUCUAGGGGCAUUGUGCGCUCCAAGGUGCAGGAGCUGCCGGAGUGAAUGUAGUUUAGAGACACAGCCAGGCGUUUCCUGCUGCCAUUGCCUGUUACUGAGGUCCGAGUGUCAGUGCAGCGGCAAUGGAGGCUCCUCCGGUUACCACGAUGCCUGUGUCAGGAGGAACUAUCAACAUGAUGGAAUAUUUGUUACAAGGCAGUAUACUUGACCAAGGUCUAGAGAGCCUUCUUCAUCGCUUACGAGGGUUAUGUGACAACAUGGAGCCUGAGACUUUUGCCGAUCAUGAAAGUGUAUACUUGCUAAAAGGUCAGCAAGCCAGCCCUUUUGUACUUCGUGCCCGUCGGCCUCUUGACAGGCCAGGAACGCCAUGGCAUCUUCGUUAUCUUGGACAGCCAGAGGCAGGAGACCGAAGUAGGCACACAUUGGUCCGGAACUGUGUUGAUAUUGCUACCUCAGAAGUCCUGCCUGAAUUUCUACAAGAGAUGGGCUUUCGGAUGGACCAUGAAUUUGUGGCAAAGGGACAUUUGUUUCGAAAGGGUGCUAUGAAAAUAGCAGUGUACAAGGUAUUUCGUGUGUUAGUGGCAGGAACGGCUGAAGGAGCUGAGCCAUUGUCACUAUCUUAUUUGGUAGAACUAAAUGUUGUGGCUCCUGCCGGACAGGACAGUGUAGCUGAUGAAGUCAGGAGCUUUGCAGAACAGUUAAGGCCAUUGGUGCAACUGGAAAAGAUUGACCCGAAACGUCUCAUGUGAAAAGUCUAUUGUGCUAUAUAGAACACACCAAUGUACAAUGGGAAAGCUCUACGUCAACUUUAGAAUGCCUUAUUUUACAAUUAAAGUCUUUUUACUGUC